AUGGAUCUGGAAGAGAAUGAUGUGGACGAGAGCAAAUUUGAAGCCAUGUGUAGCACUAAAAAGUGUUCACUUUUGGAUGAAUGGCCAGAGCAGAACGACCAGUCAGCAGGCGACAAUUGGCCAGAGAUGAAAAGAUCUAAUGGAACAGCAUUUGAUUGGCCUGGAAAUAGCCAAAGUUCAAAAGGUGAAGCAACAAACUUCUUCCCGGUCCAAUGGGACAAAGCACCUGCUGACAACAGCUCAGAAGGAGAGGAUUGGGCUUGUUUUCCGCAAGACACCAGCACACCUAAAAAGGCCGAGGGAGACGACGAAUGGGCUGAUUUCUCAUCAGCUAAGGCAAACGAAAGCAUUGGCUCAGGUCGAUUUAGUGACUGGCCCGGUGUUGACGCUGAGAUCACAAACGCAUCAAACGCGAAACCUGAUCCUGCCAAUCCAGUAAUGCCUGGACUUGCCACUGGUGUCAUUAGUACUUCACUCGAUAGGAACGCAAUGAAUCAGAGCGAGUGUUAA